AUGAAAGGCCAAACCAACCAGGACGGCACCGACGGUUUGCUGAUGUCCUCGCUUGAUCCGGCCCCUGCGGUUGCACAAGAUGCCCGAAGCUGCAUUGCUGGCCUUGCCGGUGCUGGCCUUGCCGGGUCUGAAGCAGACCAGCAAGCACGAACCGCGGCUGGGCUGUCUAUUCCUCUUGUCGAGUUCAUCCAAACGAAGCAUUCGUUGCAAGACACGACAGUGUCCAACACUACCAUUGCAGGUUUGCACGGAAAGCUCGCCACGAUGGCCACUGAUCAGCCAUUCUUCUGGAGCUCGACACCUGUGCUUGGUAUUGUGACGGCAGCGCGCCGUGGUCGCACGAUGAACAAGUAUGCAAUCCCAAACUACUGCUGGCUCGCGACACGUGAAGAUCUCCCCGCUCUCUUUGGUGGCUUCAGCGACCUCGUUCAAGCCAUUUUGUCACCGAACAUCAACCUCAGUACUGUAAGCAUUCUGGCCGACGCGCUCGCUGGUACAUUCGGCGGUACACAGAAGGAAUGGGAAGGGAUUGUUGAGCAGACGAUUUGGGUCGAGCGGCAAGUCCCAGGCAAGGCUGCUCCGAAAGUUCUUCGCCGCUCGUUCAAGACUCAUGACGAAGCCUUUGACGCGCUGCACGCGGCAUGCUCGCAAGAAAUGCAACAGCGGCUCGGAGCCUCGCGUCAGCAGUUUGACGACCUGAUCACACUUUGA